ACCGCACGCGUUUUUUGGCCUCGGCGCGCCCCCGGCCGCCCUUGCGGUGUGAUGGAGCACCGUGUCCGCCUGUCUGCGGUAGGUACAGCGUGUAACCACAGCGGGACAGCUCGCCGAGGCGCUGUACAGCGUUUGCACGGCAGCUUCCCGAUGGCAUCCUGCUGGCCCGCUCCUGGGCAUGCUCUCCGAGCCUCUUGGACGGCUGAGCUCAGCGUUCGAGUGUGAGCUCUUAAAAAGCGGGAGUGUAGGAUAACGUGGUCCGUAUUUUAGUUGAUAAAAGGCUUUUGGGCGCUCACCGUCGUGAAAAACAUGCAACUUGUUGGGAGAUAUCCAUAUUGGAAAGUUUGGCUUGUCUGCAUCUUGCUCCAACUUGUAGGAGAAUUAAAAUCUCUGGCACGGCCUUUUGGCAGAAAAGGUCAACUGGAAUUGAUUAGGGAUUUGUGACCCUUAACUAAUAGUUAAUAAAUGCAGGUGGUUGACCUUUCACACCAGCUAAACCUAUCUCAUUUAAGCCAUAUUUUUUCCUGUGUAUUUUAUGACACUUAAACCAGACGGGUUUAUAUUCAGGAGAAUCUAUAAAGAAGAGUUGAAGGUACUUGGUAAUUAUCUCCUGUGAGGCCAGCGGUCUGUUGGUGAGCAGUGUGCUGCAUCCACAGCUAACCACCAAGCUCUGGAGCACGAGGAAACAGUCUGCUUGUUUCUGUAUGUGUUAACCAUGAGCCAGUGUCCUGCUGUAGUUCUGGUUUCUCCCAAAAAGCACUCCACACAUUUGAGAAAAACACGAGUUUUUUGUCAAAAAGCACAGCAGUGUGCUCUUGUGGAUCAGAGGUACCAGUAUUAUUCCUGGUGGUGCUUUGUCUCUGAAGAUGGAGCAGUUUCAGCUAAUGGAAUUUCAACUAAUCCCCUGCUCAUUUUCCUGCAAAAUGCAUGGAAAUAGUGCUUGCCAUAAAUUUAUGUCUUCAGAUUAAUUUUUCUACAUCUGUUUAUUGCUGAUUCAGACCCAUCACUCAUCUGGACUAAUUUCUUGCUUUGAACUUUUGUUCCCUGACAAAUCAAGUGAAACUCUUCAAAUUCACACCCUUUGAAUUUGAUUAUGUCCUGCAACUGAGCAGUUUCAUUUCCAUCUCUGACCUCCAGCAUCAGCAGCACAUACCGUGCUGCAGCCAUCUGAGCUGGAGCACUAACGAAUUUAAGGAAUGGUCUCAUCAAGGACAGAGUGCUUUACCCAUGCAGAGCACUUUGCCAAGGACUUACCUGAUCCUGGUUGGCUAUUUAGCAGAUGGAAGGCAAGAAAACAAAGAAAAGCUGGUAGAUGGUUGCCUGUAUGUGAAGGACAAUACCGGGAUAAUCCCGUGUGAGCUCUUGCACUUUGAACUGGAGUGGCUGGAGUCACUGUUUGUCUUCCCGAGCUGGUCAUACAUACCACAGACAGACCAGAGUGCAGCAGGGUACUUGGAAAUCCUGGUGGAUCCAGUGCCAGUAAAUGCCCCCAAGGAAGUACUUCACAGCAUUCCAGUCACCUCCCCAGUGUCAGCUGAGCUGCUGCUUACCUCCAGGAUUACGUGUAAGAAAAGAUCAAAGCUUACUGUAGCAGGGGAAUUGACCAGACUCGGGCCUCUCCUUUGUGUUCACCACAAGACAUUCUUCUUUCUGUUUCUGAAGUGCUUCGCCUCUGCAGUUUGUAUCCCUGUGCUGGUGCGACAACCCAGCCAGCUGCUGUGGCAUCAUGUCUUCCAGUUGGGUCACAGGUACACAAUCACAAGCCUGAGUAUGUCCACCCUGAAGAAAUCUAGACAAACUGUGUUUGUCACCAGUGCUUCUUCCUGCCUUCUGCCCUACUGUGCAGAGCAGGUGAGGGAGCAGCCACUGGACAGUGCUUCACAAGGAGAAUCCACUCAGAGUUCUUCCCUUGAGACUGCUGAGCAGCUCAGUUGCCCCUUGCAGCUGGGGGCUGAAGAGGAACAGCCAAAACCAGCCAAAGAGUCCAGGAUCAUCUCCUAUGUGGGAUUUGUCACCAAAAUACUCAAUGUCCAAGCCGGUCUCUUUUUACUGGAUAACCAAGUCUGCUUGUGCCUUGCUUACCAGCCACUGCUGAACUCUGCACGGGGACUCCGACCGGGAGCCUGUGUGGAGCUCAUCGAUGUCCACCUCCUGCAGAAACCUCUGGUGUCCUUCCCUUUCACUGUACUCAGUGCUUGCCUGAGCAGCAUGGUUGUGCUGAAGAGUUUUUCAAGGCUCAGCACCCCCUACCAGCCACUGGCCUCUUCAGGAAAUCUCUGCUUACAGCUGCUCUUCCGCUUCAAUCUUGGAAUGCCUCUGUACCUCUGGCUGGUGAGCCUCUUGGAGACAUUUGAGGAGAGGUUUUCUUGUUUCUUUGGGCACCGUCGACUGCUUAGCUCUACGCACCGAAACCCUGGAGCUGCUGAAAAGUUCCUUGUCCCCCUUCUGCAAGCUAUGGCUCCAGACAGAGAGGAAGCAAGAGAUAUUUAUAAUGAAAUUCUAUCAAAAAUACACCAAUGUCCCCUACAGAAAUAUUUGACUCUGAGCCCUCCAUGCCAGGCCCCAUCUCUGUCUGCAGUUUGCCAUGUGGCAGAACAGAAGAGCUGGGAAGGCUUCAGCCCAUCACAAUUGCUUUCCCCCUUGGAGGCACAGCAUAUGGGCAGCCAGGAGCUGAAUCGCAGACUGGCCUGGUCCUACUGCACGCUCUCAGCAGAAAGUUUCCAGCCCCAGCUGAUACUCCUGGGUGUGCUGAGGGUCUCCUCCAGGAGCAGUUCCCUCCUGCUGCAGGACAAGAGCAGCACGCUUCCCUGUGUGAUCUCCCAUAAGGAUGGUAGCCCCUUUGCCCAGACAGCUCUCAUAGGAUCACUCUUGCAGGUGGAAAACUACCAGAUUGUAGUGGAGAGAUUCCUUAAGACUGAUUUUCCCUCCUGGGAACACCUGGAAAAUCUGGAGCAUGUGAGAAAGAAAAAAACUAGUGUCUAUGUGCAGUUCUACUUUGAGGAUGUUCAGGUUCUCCGUGCUGCCGACAGACAAAUCCAGAAAGACCUUAGGAGUGGAAACAGCUCCUGUUUGAGGAGGAAGAAAGAUGGUAGCACAACAUCUGACCUGGAAACCCCAGAGGCAAAAAUGCUGAAAUUGAAGGAUCACAAGGCAGAUAGUGGCAGAGAUGAGAGCUGUCAGGGAGGCCAGAGCAGCACUGGAACAACAAGCUGUGUAUCUCACCUGUUCUUGGUUACCCAGAAAGAGGGUCUCAUGCUGCGCAAUUACCAACUGCCUGCAGAAGAGAAUGAAGCACAGGAGCUUCUUUCCAAGAAGCAGAGCAGUUUCCAAGCCACAGUGCUGUGGCUGGGCAGACCACAGCUUUGGAGCCACCCCAGAGAAAUUGGGAAUCUAUCAGAGCUGGAGGAGACUGGUGAUGGAGAAGAGGGUGUGGUGCAGCAAGAAGCACUACUGCUCUUUAUGGGAAAAUCUCUGCGAUGGUUUCCCUUCCUGCACGUGGAUGGACUGUAUCGCUUCAUUGUGCCCUGCUGCUCGGACUUGGAAGUGUUUGACAAGCUCUGUUUUUCACCUGUGCCAGCAACAUUCCCGAGCAGGCCAUCCUGCCCCCUGUGCCUGCCUGUCCAAGAUAGCUGGCACUUACAGCAUGAGACCUGGAUCUCCUGUCUGCCUGAGCACCAGCUGACAGCCAUGUCAGUGCUGACAGGCAUGGACCAGAGAAUUGCCUCCAUUCCAGAAGUGCUUAGCAGCAGUUUCACAGGUUCCCUUGUUUCUUUCUGUGGUGAGAUCGUGGAGAGGACCUUGUGUGCCUCUCCCAAGAAUGAGAAGCCAUCUGAGACUGCUGGUCUUCCAAAGCAGAAAGGAACUCUGCUGUCCAGGGAUCACAGUGUAAAGCUCAGCGUCUCAGUUGCUUCAGGCUCCCCUGUUGUCAUGGACAUUUACAUUACUGCCACCUACCUGCAGCAUCUCCGGGGUUUGCUUCCUGGAGCCAAGAUCCUCUUCCAGAACUUGGAACGCAAGAUCUCGAGAUUCCAUAAUGUUUAUUGCAUAUACAUUGCCGCCAGCUGCGUGAGCAUUGUAUCUCUGCCAGCUUCUCACCUACCUUUUCCUUCUAGUCCUGCAGGAGAAGCCUCAUCCCCCUCCUUAGUGUUUCUGUCCAACUUGAGACCUCAGCUGAAAAACCUUGCCCAGGCCCGGAUUUUAUGCCACUUGUCCUGUGUACUGACUGUGUGCCUGCAGUGGAUUUGCUCACUUUGCAGCUGCAUCUUCAAAGAGGGAAGGUGCACCCGACACAAUCCUCCAUGUCCAUCACAAACAGGAGUGAGGCAAGCCAGUGCACGGGUGCUGGUGGAGGAUGGAACAGGUGAAGCGCUGGUGCUGUGCAGGAAUGAACAUGUGGCAGCAGUGCUGGGCCUGAGCCUUCUCGAGUGGGAAGCUGUGCAGAGCUGUGUGUGGAGCAGGGGCAGCGUGUGCAUUCAGCACGGCGAAGCUCCUGGAACAGGGUGUCUAGAGGAACCCGAGGAUCUCGUUGCUUGUUACCUAAGGAGUCUCUGCAGGAGUCCUCUCAUAUGUCGCCCUAUCCUGUUGGAUUUCAGCCUAGACAGGAAGCCCUCCAAGAUCCUGCAGCCUGCUCCCCUGCAGCUGCGGAAUUUUCACUGUGGUGAAGUGGAGUUCGUGUCACAAGUGGGGCCUCGUCCGAGCCUGCUGUGCCUGAAGGUGGAGGAAGUGGGACAAGAUGCCUUACACUACCUGAACAGCCAGAGGAUGAGCAGGACAUCCAGCUCCUGCUGAGUGGGAGCCACUGCUUAAUAUCUCUCCCAGUGGGCGAGGAAUUAUGGAAAUCUACUGGGAUUGGGAGCUUUUUUAAUCUCCUUUCCAGUAGGAGCAUGAGCCUGUGAGCACAGGGUGAAGCAGGCAGGCAAGCAGCUGCUGUGACUUCUGGAAUUCCUGAAUGGUCACUCUAGGCCAUUGUCAACCAGUGAUACUGGGCUACAUUUUGGAAGAGAGAUGUUCACUGCUUUCUAUGUGACAGCUCUUGGGCCUGGGGCACACAGUGUGUGCAUUUUGUGUGGUAGUAUCUACUAAAUAAAGCUAUGAAAAUAUUACUUAAA